UAUCACGCACGCCGGGUACGACGCGGCAGUUCGCACUUCGCCGCGACCUCAGUAGAUAGCGCGCUCUAGGUGCGCGCACGCGUGCGCCUGUCCGCGCACUCCUCGCGCCUCCGUCCGCGUCCUCUCGAGCCCGGCCCUAGCCGGGAAUGGAGGCCUGUUGCGCGAUCACAGCUGCCGAGGACCUUGUGGGCGACCAGAUUGUCCCGGGUGGCGGUCGCUGCACUACUCCUCACGCCGCCGGCUUUCUUGACUCCUGGUUUCAGAUGCAGACUUCUGAGCUCGAAUCGUUGCUCUGCAAGCAAGAGGGGGCUUCGCUCGCAACUGCUCCCAUGGACCUCUUUGAUGGCGGCACCUCCUCCCGCGACGAUGCUUUCCUCCGCCCGGCUCUGUGGGAGGACAUCGCCUCUUCUAUUAGGAACAUUGACCCUGAAAACGCGAAUAUGCUCGCACCUCUUGGGGCAACACAUGUUAAGCUCGAAACAGACGAUCCGUUACUUGAAGAAUGCGCCACACCACUACUUAGUCCGUUGGAAAUCAAGACGGAGAGAUUAUGUAUACCUCUAUCAUAUGCACAGCAGCAGGGACAUCCGCAUCAGAAUCACCAGCAGCCAAGCUCGUCUUACUCCAAGUACCCACCAUCGAGGCUCGUGUAUAUGUCGCCUCUGACACCACCUGGUUCAGACCAGGGUAGUCCAGGAAACACUAUCCAGGGUGGACCACGCCGUACCCCUCCGCCGCCGUAUCACGCGGCACCCUUGCUGCGUGCACCAGUUCUUCCUCAUCAUCAAACUACGCACACACAGCAUCAUCCAUCGGCAAUGCCCCAAAUGCAAAUGGUGCCACAGCCUCAUCAACCUGCCCACCAACAUAAUAUUUCCAUUCCUCACUCCAGACUACCACACACUACACCUAUUAAAUACAACAGACGGAACAAUCCGGAACUGGAGAAGAGGCGUGUUCAUCAUUGUGAUUUUCUAGGUUGUUCGAAAGUAUAUACUAAAAGUUCACACCUGAAAGCGCAUCAAAGGAUACACACAGGAGAAAAGCCAUACACUUGCCAAUGGCCUGAGUGUGAAUGGAGGUUCGCUCGUUCGGACGAACUAACGCGCCACUAUCGAAAGCAUACUGGAGCGAAACCCUUCAAGUGCGCCGUGUGUGAACGCUCCUUCGCCAGAUCGGAUCAUCUUGCUUUACACAUGAAACGACACUUGCCCAAGUCGUCCAAAUGACACGCAAGAAGAGGCGUAGAGCAAGCGCCUGCGCCUCACACCACUCAGGAACAAUCGAAUGAAAGUGUUUUUCUGGAAUGCGAUCUUGAAGCGAGCCUGAUAGAUACCCUAUACAGCGUGCUUUAAUUCAGUUUUAAUGCUAAAAUUGAUGUGAAAUUACGCAAUCUUAAGUCUACUAGCUAUAUUAUUCUCUAGAAUUUAGAUGAGUACAAAUAAAUGUAUAUUAGCAGAUGAGCUUUGAUAGUCGGUUCAAAAUAUUUUAUUAUUAGUGAAGUGACUGUGGACUAUGCACGUGGGAAGAAUUAGUUUUAAUGAACUGCAUCAUUUUGAUGGUUAUCUUAACGGUAUUAUAUAUUUAUAUUACUUUUAUUGAUUAUUUGUACUUAGUUUGUUUAUAUAAUUGGUUUAUAUAAUAAAACACCAUAAAUAAUUACCAAGGAAAUCGCUUUACAUAUCUUAAUGUUUAUUUAAUAUUUGUAAAUUGUUAAAAAGGUAGAAUGGCUGUCUGA